AUGAUUCUAUUCAUUGGCCAAGUAGCUCGCGAUCAACAGUAUCGCGAAGCCUUUCAGGAAGUGGAUUUUCGCCAGAUGUUCGGCCCCUUGGCGAAAUGGGUCGUACAAAUCGACGACACAAGCAGAAUUCCGGAGCUGAUCAGCCAGGCAUUCCACCGAGCAGUCAAUGGCAGGCCAGGGCCAGUAGUGGUUGCACUGCCGGAAGACAUUCUGACCGAAAUGGCGGAAGUCAGUGAUGCUGGCCCCUACAAACGAGUUCUGAUGACACCAGCAGCCGAGCAAAUGACCGCCAUGCUGCAACUACUUGAGCAAUCAGAGCGACCAUUGAUGGUGCUGGGUGGCAGCGGCUGGGACGCAGAAUCAGUGCACGACAUUCGGCUCUUCGUUGAACAGCAAGACAUCCCGGUUACGGCUUCCUUUCGCUGCCAAGAUCUUUUCGACAAUCGACACCCCAACUAUGUGGGAGACCUUGGAUUCGCCGCUUCAGCGCAGCUGUCAUCAGCGGUCAGAGAUGCAGACCUUUUUACUGGUAGUCGGUUCUCGAAUGGGCGAGGUUUCGACAGGUGGAUAUGCUGCUUUGGAGAUCCCGGUACC